AUGAAAAUAAACGUGAACGUUGUUUUGUUGCAGGUGACAUGGAUAAGACACAGGGAUUUGCACUUGCUCACGGUCGGGCGUUCUACAUACACGUCCGAUCAACGGUUUACGAGCAUCAACAACCCCAUGACCGAAGAUUGGACACUGCAAGUGCGCUACCCGCAGCGCAGAGACAGCGGCAUCUAUGAGUGCCAAGUCGGAACUACGCCGCCGAUAGGUCACUCGAUGGGAUUAAGUGUCGUCGGUAAGUGA